CUCACUCGCGGGCACUCAAAAUUACGGCCGUCAUAGAACACAUCCUCCCAGCCGACAGGCUGCUCCCGGUAUAUCCAGUUUCGAGGUCACGACAGUCAUGUCUCUGAGUUGUCUUGAUGAUAGUCGUUGGUUAUCUGCGAUACUGCCUGAUGCAGAGGAAACACAACCAACUCCAAUCUCACUUAUAUUAGAUCCUUUGGCCAAUGAACAUUAUCAGUUGUUACUUGGAGAACUGUCGAAAAUUGAGAUGGUCAGUAGUAAAGGUCUUUCUCGAUUAGGUCCCAGAUGGAUAUUAUAUGUUGAUAUUGUUGGAGUUGUUCGUACUCUUAAUGAACGUGAAAGAUUUUACGCUGUUGAUUUGGAUGAUGGUACUGGUUGUCUAGCGUGUACGAUAUGGCGUCCUGAUUACUCUCAGCAUAAUUAUUCUCAAUCAUCCAUCAAAACGGAUACUAUGGACUCUGAACAAAGUUAUAUAUGUGAACAACUAGUAAAAUUAGCAUUAAAGUCACAGCCUGUUUUACCAUCGUCAUUGUUGUCAUCAUCAUCCAGUUUACGUGUUGGUCAAAUUCUACAACUUCGUGGCCGGUUAAACUGUUUCCGUGGAAGGUUGAAACUCAAUGCAUAUUUUUGUCGUUCAAUCAAAGACGAAGGGGAAUUGUUAAAUCACAUAAUUCAUAGAUAUCAUUUACAUCAAGAGAUUUAUUCACAUCCUUAUGAUCCGGCAAUUGUUGCUGAAAAUGUCAAAAAAUCUCAUGUAACAAAUUUAGCGAAUUCUCUUGUAACAGAAUGUUGUAGAUAUCUUGUCGAGGAUAAUAUUCAGUUAUUCACUAAAUUAGACUUAUGUGUACAUCCCAAAAUAGUUGAAUUAAUCACAGAUAAUUGGACAUCUUUAGGUGUGGCAUACGAUGAAACUGAAGCAGACUAUUUAAAACAAACAUUUGUUGAAGAAGAUUCCAAGGAGAAUGAAUCAAAGUCAACAACCAGUACAAAGACAAGUUUAAAUUCGAAAAAAUUACAACUUAUAAUUCAUAGUUUAAUUGAAAGAUUAAUUAUUGAAGGUUGGAUUAUUCCAGGUAACCAGUCAAUCGGUGGAAUGCCAGCGUAUCAUGUUGUCAAAGAAAACCGACAAUUGUUAGAUGCUGUGUAUAGUGUCAUUCGUUUAAGUUUUGGCAGUAAAGAAUCAUCUGUACAGAGUAUACUGGAUCGUGUUCGACAGUAUUCACAUUCUAGUGUUCGUCAGUGCAUAACACGUAUGACAUUGAAUGCAUUAAAACAUUUAUUAAAUCAAUUAGAAUGUGAUAGUAGAAUAUAUCAAAGUAAUUCAGGUUAUUAUAAAGUUGCAUAAAUUAGAAAAGGACAGAAAAAAAGAAGACGAAAAAGAGUAAAGCAAAGAAGAGCUAUUCAUUAUUUUUAUUGAGCGUUUUAUGGUAUUUUUAUUUUUACAUUUUUGUAUUCCACUGUUAUGAUUACUGUAAAUAAGUUUAUUUUGUUUCGUGAGUUGUUUUAUUAUCAUUAUUAAUUCUGGAGAUCUGGCUCACUGGCUUGAUUUCAGGCAAAGAGUCAUGUGUUCGAAUCUCAAUCCACCUACAUUGGCUAGACUAACCAUGUAACAUUGCAACGACAGAAGACAAGGGCCAGGG